GUCGCGUCUGCACCAGUAAUGACAGAGCAAACGAUUGUUACAGGGUGCAGGUUCGCCACGACGCUUCUGAAAGUAUGGUUGAUCCGCAUGUUGGACUGCGUGAUGGCCAAAUUUCCCUUUGCACGCGUGUGCAACGUGGUUGAUGACAUCACGGUUCGUGUUCGCGGUAGCAGGAAGUUUGUGCGUGACAUGUUGCCUAUCGUCGUCGGGUUCACCUGCAGGAAGCUGGAGGAGUGGGACCUUGUUCUGGCCAGGGCUAAGGGCAAAAUCGUGUCGACUCACCAAGAUGUGGCUCAGAGUUCCGAGAGAGCCCUGGCCAGGUGGGGGUUCACGGGAGCCUCGGUGGUGAGAAAUCUUGGAGUGGAUUUCACCAUGGGAAAGGCCCGAAGGAACCCCGUGCAGAAGGCCCGAGUGGCCAAGCUCAAGCGAAGGGCCCACCGUUUCCGAGGGUUGAGAUCGUCCUUCAAGAAGUUGACCAGGAUCGUGCGCACAAGUGCCAACCCAGCAGGACUCUACGGGGCCUCGGUCACUGGAGUGUCGGACCUCUCCCUCCAGCAGCUGCGCUCGGUGGCGGGCGAGGCGGUGUUCGGGCAGGCCAAGGGCAGGAGUCGCACGAUUGGCUUCAUGCUGUCGCCGACGCCGCAGACCAGCCUCGGCGGAGAGUUGUGGGCUCUCUUGAUGGCUCUGAAGCUAGCAGAGGCUGGCCCUUUAGAGAUCUGGACAGAUUGCCAAGUGUUGAUUGAUGUGUGGAGCUUUGGCCCAGACCAGGAUGUCUCGAGGUUUGCGUUUGCUGAGGUCUGGGUUGAGGUCUUGGCCAAAGCUCGAGAUAUAGGAUGGGACAACAUCCAGAUGUGCAAGAUCAAGUCUCGCCUAUCGUGUGAUGAUGCAGUUGCUAGGAACUUUCCCUUCUACGCCUGGCGGGGCAAUCGAGAGGCCGACCGCUUGGCGCGAGAAGGAACCCAGCUCCAGGCUCAGCCCGAGGCUGCGAGGAGUUGGUACAAGACGGUCGCCCCUGGUAUAAUGCAGGUUGGACGUUUUCUCGGGCUGAUGUUGGGUGAGGUCUCUAGGCUUGGGCUCAAGGAUGUGGAGAGGUUUCGGGCCCCCAAGUCCACGAGGCUCGCCAGGGAUGCCCCACAGCUCCAAUUAGUUGCGGACCCCAACGGACACACGAUCUGUAGAGAGGGUAAGAGUUUUGUUUGUGCUGAGUUCGGGACGAAGGCGAGGUCCAGAGGAGCCCUCGCCGCCUUCCCGUGCCGUGGCAUCCCUGCCAUCGCCGCGUCUGCGCACCAUUCCCACGUUCUUUGGAUGGGCUCGGGGCCGUCUGGGACUGUGGUGUGGUGUCGGAAAUGCGCGGCGUUCGGGGUUGCUCGCAGUCGGUACCUGAAAGUCCCGUGUCACGAGCGCCCGCGUAAUUCGGCCGCUGAGAAGUCCUUGGCCAUGCUGAUUGCAGGCAAGGACCCCAGCUCCCGUGCGGUGUUCGGACGAAGCGUCCAGGUGCCCCAAGGGACGUAA